GCAUAUGAUUUGUGUUUGCCACCUUCCCGCUUUAAUAAAACGACAAACUUUUACAAGUUUCUUUCAUAAUAAUAAUUUCUUCCCAAAUCAGUUUAACAGUUCAAACCCCACAAGAUUAAUUAGUAUUUUCAUUAAUUUUUUGUGAAUCAGAAUAAGGUGAAGAAUCACGUUCUUUGAUCAUGGCAGCUCGCACACUUUCUCGUCUGCUCUCUCGCUCUCUAUCUUCUUCUGGAGGUUCUGCUUCUCUGCUUCGUUCAUCACUAGGAACAAAAUCUGAAGGGUGGAUAAACAGAAACAGAUUUAGCACCGCUGCAGCUGUUGAGGAAUUGAUUACUCCACAAGUUUCUAUAAAUUAUACACAGCAUCUCAUAAAUGGUCAAUUUGUGGAUGCUGCAUCAGGGAAAACGUUUCCAACUUAUGAUCCACGCACAGGGGAAGUGAUUGCUCAAGUUGCUGAAGGCGAUGCUGAAGAUAUUAACCGUGCAGUAUCAGCCGCUCGUGAGGCCUUUGAUAAUGGACCUUGGCCUAAAAUGACUGCUUAUGAAAGAUGUCGUAUUUUGCUGCGGUUUGCUGAUUUGGUUGAGAAACACAAUGACGAGAUUGCAGCUUUGGAGUCAUGGAACAACGGAAAGCUUUAUGAACAGGCUGCGAAGGCUGAAUUACCUAUGUUUGUGCGUUUAUUUCGCUAUUAUGCUGGAUGGGCAGAUAAAAUUCAUGGAUUGACAGUUCCAGCUGAUGGAGAUUAUCAUGUCCAGACCUUGCAUGAACCAAUUGGUGUAGCAGGACAAAUUAUACCUUGGAAUUUUCCUCUACUUAUGUUUGCUUGGAAAGUUGGACCAGCUCUAGCAUGUGGUAAUACCAUUGUCCUCAAGACUGCUGAGCAAACACCACUAACGGCUCUCGUUGUAGCAAAACUACUUCAUGAGGCUGGUCUUCCCCCAGGUGUUCUGAAUAUAGUUUCUGGGUAUGGUCCAACUGCUGGUGCACCUCUUGCAAGUCAUAUGGAUGUAGACAAGUUAGCGUUUACCGGAUCGACAGAUACUGGAAAAACUGUACUUGAACUGGCUGCAAGAAGCAAUCUUAAGCCAGUGACACUGGAACUUGGAGGGAAAUCACCUUUCAUUGUUUGUGAGGAUGCUGAUGUUAACAAGGCUGUUGAAAUUGCACACUUUGCUUUGUUCUUUAAUCAGGGGCAAUGUUGCUGUGCUGGAUCCCGUACCUUUGUACAUGAGCGUAUCUAUGACGAGUUCUUGGAGAAAUCAAAGGAACGAGCUUUGCGACGCGUUGUUGGUGAUCCAUUUAAGAAGGGUGUAGAACAAGGUCCUCAGAUUGAUUCGAAACAAUUUGAGAAAGUGCUUAGGUACAUAAAGUCUGGAAUUGAUAGCAAUGCUAUUCUUGAAUGUGGAGGUGGGAGAUUGGGUUCAAAAGGCUUCUUUGUCCAGCCAACUGUAUUCUCCAAUGUUCAGGAUGAUAUGUUGAUAGCAAAAGAUGAAAUCUUUGGCCCAGUUCAGACCAUCUUGAAGUUCAAGGACAUCGAUGAAGUGAUACGACGGGCAAAUGCGACGCGUUAUGGUUUAGCGGCAGGUGUUUUUACAAAAAAUGUGAGCACGGCCAACACUAUGAUGAGGGCACUAAGAGCUGGAACAGUGUGGAUUAAUUGCUUUGAUGUGUUUGAUGCUGCGAUUCCUUUUGGUGGUUACAAAAUGAGUGGGAUUGGUAGGGAGAAAGGAAUAUACAGUCUUCACAACUAUCUGCAGGUAAAAGCUGUGGUAUCCCCACUGAACAAUCCUGCAUGGUUGUAUAAGUCACUUUCAGCUUAUUCAGUGAUCUCGAGUUUGAAUCCACAUUUUAGAAGUUAUUGAGCUUACUUCAUCAUGGAAACUAGACUUGAACUUGUUAGCUCUUAGUACUAGAGCAACAAACUUGUUAUCAAGCUGAGAAAAAUGAGGUUAUUAAUAAACAUAACUUAUUCAAAA